GUCGGUCCGAAGGAAGAUCUUACUGAUUGUAAAAUUGAUGAUUACGGGCCCUUUAUUUCAGUGCAGUAGCUCAGUUUGAUUUUACUAAAUGUCUCAACGGAUGCAGCUGCGUUGAUCAAAGUGGGGUUGACAAAAAGGAUGAAACGCUAAUUUUUUAGCGGGAAGCACAACCAAACCACCUUUAACUCUAAUUCACGGGCCGAGAAGAUUAUCUGUGGGAAAGUCAAACUUAACUCUUUUCCAUCAUAUCGUUUUACAGGUGGGCAACAGGUACGCAACACUAUAGCACAAGCCACGAUGUAUGGAAGGUAACUCAGUACCUGAAGGGUGGAUGGAAGUGAGAUUCACAGCUUAUAUAAUCUGCCCUUCUCUCACUCUCGCUAUGGAGAUUAUCCGGCAAAGCAGGUCUGAAUACCCCCAUCAUUACCACAGAAAGAUCAAUCAAGAUGCGUAUAGCAUUGUCACAAUCAAUCAAGCCUCUCCUUAGGUCUAACAGAAGAUGUGACAAUCAAUUUCUCCGAAGAGAAAUUGAUUCAAUCAAUCCUCAUUCUGUGACAUCAUCACCUCUAUUAGACAAAUUCGGCCGGCAACAUACAUACCUCCGUAUCUCACUAACGGAAAAGUGUAACUUGAGAUGUGUAUAUUGCAUGCCAAAUGAAGGGAUCCCAUUAAUGCCAAAAGAUGAUGCUCUCACAUCAUCAGAAAUUGGACGCUUGGCAAGGUUGUUUGUUCAAGAAGGAGUGGAUAAAAUUCGCUUAACGGGUGGCGAGCCCACUCUUCGUAAAGAUUUGAUGGAUAUAAUGGAAAAUCUAUCUGAGCUAAGGAAAAAGCAUCCUUCAGAUCUAAUUGGGCUUAAGCAAAUUGGCAUCACGACGAAUGGACUUUUAUUGACACGUUUAUUGCCUCAAAUGGCAAGCCUAGGAUUGUCACACAUCAAUGUUUCUCUCGAUACCCUCGAUCCUUUCCAGUUCGAAUUGAUGACUAGAAGACCUGCUGCUGGCUUACAGAAAGUGCUAGAUGGAAUUGAUUUAGCACUUCAAAUGGGAAUACCAAGUGUCAAGGUAAACGUUGUUGUUUUGCAAGGCGUGAAUGAUACCAAGGAUGUACUUCAAUUUGUGCGUUGGGCAAAGGACAAGCCUAUAACCAUUCGCUUUAUCGAGUAUAUGCCUUUUGAUGGAAACCGAUGGAGAAUGGAAAAGUUAGUGCCUUACAAACUACUGAUUGAAAGAAUCGAAAGCGAAUUCGGUCCUCUGAAUAAAAUCAAAGAUGAUUCAAAUGACACCACAAAACAUUAUCAGGUCGACGGUCAUUCAAGUUCAUUAGGAUUUAUAACAAGUAUGACAGAACAUUUUUGUGGAACUUGCAACAGACUUCGGAUUACAGCUGAUGGAAAGAUCAAAGUGUGUUUGUUUGGUCAAGAAGAAGUCUCUUUACGCGAUGAAAUGAGGAGGGAUCCUCUUAUGGGAGAAAACUCGGAUGAAUCGCUAAAAAGUAUCAUCGGAGCUGCUGUUGGACGUAAACAUGCACGACAUGGAGGUCAAAACAACUUGCAGAGUCUUGCAGAAACGGCGAAGCAAAACAGGUCUAUGAUUAGAAUUGGAGGCUGA